ACCAACACCAGAGUAGGAAAGGUGGUGGCAAGGGUGAAGCAGCCACAGUUGCAGCCAGAGAUUUUUUUCAAAGAAAAGCUGGGUAGCUAGUAGCUUCAGUUUCCAUCUAAAACCACAUUAAACCAUUGCUUUUCUUAAAUUCUCUUUCCUUUUAUUCUUCUCAUAUUAUCUGUGGUUUUUUUGUAUAAAUAACUCUAUCAAAAUGAACGGCACAGAGGGCAACAAUUUCUACGUUCCCUUCUCUAACCGGUCAGGGGUCGUCCGCAGCCCGUUUGACUAUCCGCAGUACUACCUGGCGGCCCCAUGGAAGUUCUUCACAUUGAGUGCCUACAUGUUCCUGCUCAUCUCCUUGGGUCUUCCCAUCAACCUGCUCACACUGGUCGUCACCUUCAAGCACAAGAAGCUGAGGCAGCCUCUCAACUUCAUCCUGGUCAACCUGGCGGUGGCCGGCCUCUUCAUGGUCCUCUUCGGCUUCACCAUUACCUUCUACUCAGCCAUGAAUGGAUACUUUGUGUUCGGCCCCACCGGCUGUGCAAUAGAAGGCUUCAUGGCGACACUCGGAGGUGAGGUGGCUCUCUGGUCCUUGGUGGUGCUGGCCAUCGAGCGAUACAUUGUCGUCUGCAAGCCAAUGGGCAGCUUCCGCUUCUCCAGCACUCACGCCUCCAUCGGUAUCGCGUUCACUUGGGUCAUGGCACUUACCUGCGCAGCGCCGCCGAUUUUCGGUUGGUCCAGAUACAUCCCAGAGGGAAUGCAGUGCUCCUGCGGGCCUGACUACUACACGAUGAACCCUCACUUUAACAACGCCUCUUAUGUCAUCUACAUGUUCUCUGUGCAUUUCUGCGUUCCAGUCGUCAUCAUAUUCUUCUCAUAUGGGCAGCUCAUAUGCAAAGUCAAAGAGGCUGCCGCAGCACAGCAGGAGUCUGCCACCACCCAGAAAGCAGAGCGCGAGGUCACGCGCAUGGUCAUCCUCAUGGUCAUCGGCUUCCUGAUGGCCUGGACCCCCUACGCCUCUGUGGCAUUGUGGAUCUUCUUGAACCAAGGGGCCGACUUCUCUGCAACUCUCAUGACCAUUCCUGCCUUUUUCUCCAAGAGCUCUGCCUUGUAUAACCCCAUCAUCUACGUGCUGCUGAACAAACAGUUCCGUAACUGCAUGAUCACCACAGUCUGCUGCGGAAAGAACCCGCUUGGGGAUGAUGACAUCUCCUCCACAGCAUCCCAGAGCAAGACAGAAGUGUCCUCUGUGUCCUCCAGCCAGGUGUCCCCAGCGUAGACCCCCAGCUCAGCUCCUCCACACCUCAGGCACCGGAUUCCUCUUUGACAUAGCGGCUUUCAAUUUCCAUUUUUUUCACACUAUUUGCAUGAACUGAGACAUUACUGAUAUCGUAAUCCGCAAAAGAACGUAACUCAGAAACUGCAGAAGAGUUCUGUUAGAGUAUUGAUCAUUCUGCUUUUGAUAAACUUCUUAAGCCUCUACCUUAGUCUAGAAGGCUAGUAUUUCUACACUGCUGAGGCACCUCCCUCCACCCCCCCUUAUCCUUUCAUCCUGAUUUUAGCUUUAAAGUGUAUUUGAUUAACAAUAGUUAGUUUGCAGAAAGUAUCAUAACGAUGAUCAUGGGAAGGGCAGGUCAAUUCAUGGGUACCCCUGUGAUCAAAAUGAAGUAGCCUUGUUAGCAACUUAAUUCACACUUCCUAGAUUUCUGCACAGUGUACUGUGAGCUCUUGUGUCCCCACACCCUAACCCCACAUCCCCUCCUGCACAGACAAACGUAGAAAGAACAGUAACUCGCUAGAAGGAUGCAGAGGGCAUCAUAUCUGCGGUUGUUUUUCUUCUUUUAAGAUUCACUCCCUCAUUUAAUAUUUGCACCACUGCUACCAGCUCUGGAUUCUGCAUGCUCACAGCUGGGUUUGUUCAGGAACCAUUCAAUCCAGGGUUCAUUUUAGUUGUUUUUUUUGCACGUUCUUGCUGCGCUGAGUAAGAGUCUACUUUUCAAAAAUUUGCAAAAAAAAUAGAAAGGUGAUUAAAAAAGAAAUAGCAAAAGUGUUUUAUUUCAUUGGGCUUUGUUUUGUUGCUCACUCAGUACAGGAAAUGAACGCUUCUUCACAAACUGCUCCUAAAUGUAUGACUCUGUUGAAUCAGCAGUCACAAAGCAAAGCCUCAUGGAGAUCAUAGCCACAUAGAAUUAAAAACAACUGUGUAGUUUGUAUGUUCUAAAAAAUAAAUGUAUGGAAGAUGUAAUCGUCAAUGCUGAACUAAAUGGAACUCUUAUCUGAUACGGAUCUCUGCAAUGUUUUGUAUUAAUGCAUUUAGUGACUGUGUCACACAAAACAGGCGUGUAGUUCACACAGAGUGCUCUAGGAAAUAAAGCUAGUCCAUUUUUCUGUAUAUAUAAGUUUUAUCUGAGAAAAAAAAGAUACCAAAAAACUCAAAGUGAACUACGCAACUGUUUUUGUUUUGUUUGCUGUCACUCCAGACAAAUAAUAAUUUAUUUGUCUGAACAUGUCACCUUUUCUGUAUAUAUUUUAUAAAUAACUUAUUUAAUGUGAAUUUGUAAAGUCAAAAGUUAGCAAUAGAAAUAAAUGCAUGCAUCAAAAUUGUGAGGUGUUUGUUUGAUCU